AUGACAUUUUUCCAGGUUGUUUGCCUCUGUGCUCUUUUUUUGGUGGCUGUUAUCGCAGAAUCCACAGAUCCCGAAAAGGAGCUCUUUGAGCUCGCGGAUUUGGACUUCGAUAACAUGGGACCGGACAUGAGCAAACCCAUAAAUAUAGAGGUAGGUGCUUAGUCAGUCUUAUUCGUAGAGAGUUUAAAUUUAAGCCUGGCUUUCAUUUAGACGUGUUGAAAUAACAGUCCAGAAAAAAAGGUAUAAUUCUUAUCAGAAUUAUACUAACUCCCCAGCACUCAUUAAAACAGGUACACCCAACGUCAGUUUUUGGAAAAUGUCUGAAGACGAUCGGAGAUCUGGAAGUUUUGGAGCACUUGUUGUAAAAUUUCUUGCUUGCCUGCCUCUCCUAGGAUUUUCGAACAUCUAAAAAAUGGUAUAAUUGCCCAUUUUUAACGGAUUUUUACCGUAAAAAGGUCACCUAGAAUUUUCGGGAGCCUUUUAUCUGGCUGAAAUUUUCGAAAAGGUAAGUUUUGAUCCCUAUAAUUUUCGUAUCACUAGACUUUCGGCUAGGAAAUCCGAACAGAUGAAAAAUUUUUAGGGAGUAAAAAAUGCCUAUAUCUGCUGUUUAAAGACUAAAAUACGUUCGACAAUGCAAUGUUUAAGUGGUUUUGAACAAUAUUCUCGUUGGGUGCCCCUGUUAAAAUAGUAAAUUAAACACCAAGCAGCAAGCUACUGUCGACAAAAGUUUUAAAAAGGAAAGGCCUGAAUAAGUCAUAAUAAACUAGACUUGAAAACAGGUGUGCUUUGCUUAGAAAACACACCAAAAAUUAAGUAUUCAUGCGAUUUCACAGAAAAUUAAGCACUCGGACUUUGCGUAAUAUUGAUGAUAAGGAACAGCAACAUGAAUGAUCAUUGUUUAAAAUAUAUAAUGAUCGAACACGCGCCGCAAAAAAUUAAGAGCACCAGCUCUUAAUUAAUAUUCCUAGUUUUCAUGACUUGUAUGGUCGGACAUGUUAGUCAUGGAUAUAUUCACAGAUUAAAACCAUAGAUACAUAUUUGUAAAUUUAGCAUCUUUCAUUCUUUCAGCAUAUCAAAAAUACUCGAAACAACUGCUAACAGAAUUUCUUUUUUUAAGAAUUUGACUACCGUUUAGAAAAAGAUCAGACGGAAUUACAAAAUGGAUAGUAAUGGAUUCAGGGUAUCUUUUUAAUACUUCUGUAAUCAACACCCUACCUACUUGUAUUUCAAAGGCAAUCUCAACAAUCCUUUUGUCACACUUUCAGAAAACUCUGUGCUACAUGUCAAUUAUUUUCUAAUCGAAUAUGUAUCCAAAAAAAUCGAUAAAUUUUUUCAAGCAGACGUUUUCAGAGAAAGGUGCAACUUCACGCUGCCGCUUUUGGGCGUCGAUAUUGACACGUUUGGUAAGGCGAGAACUGAACGCGCGCCGCAGGGCAAGGAUCUUCGCUCGCGCGUAAUGAUGAGCACGCGCGACUUAGCUUAUGUAGACUUGCUACAAGUCGACCUAUCAUAAGUUCUUAAAAGUGAGCGAAGCGAGCAUCAAUGCAUGAGGUCGCGCAGCGAGCCAUUCAACCUAUCCUUACACGUACGUUUUGAAAUUGAUUGAUUUGAAAUCUGCGUACCAUUAUUUGACUACUAUACUUGCGGCAAAUAAAGUAUUUAUGUAAAGACGACUAUAAUAAAAAAGUUAAAGCCUUGAUCCCUUGAAUUUUGAAGUCCUCUUUCAGAGAAGGCGUUAUUUUAAAUAGAUUUUGGAAAGUAGGAAUCGUUUUCCAAUUUAAGGCUAAACGAGUUGUUGUAAAUGGAAGGUCUAAUAGCAAAAUUUUAUUUUAACAGGAUCUUAAAAGCUAAGUUUUUACUAGCGGGUAGCUGGUUCUGUAGCCACUGGUAAAGUAAGGGGACUAUUAAAUAACAAUACAGUUUAUGGACUUACAUUUCAAUUACCAUACUUUCAAUUACUCUUUUUCAUCCGCUGAUGCACUGAUGAUUACUUAUCAUCUUAUUCUAGUUCUUUUAACAACUAAAAGACCUCAUUUUCCGGGAAUGGUACGGUGUAUCAAUAUUCUUGUCAAUUUUGUUACCUUUUUUCUUGUAGGUUGUUAUUAAGGAAUUUACUUCUUGCGUUUCUAAACACCACGGCAGAGCCAAGCCACGUUGUAUAAAGGAAUUGGGAAUGAUGCUCCAACACCUUCCCGCAAUGAAAAGGAAGCAAAUUGUAAGUUCCGGCUAUAAGCAUGCAUGCACUGCAGUUUCUAAUUGAUUUAUCAAUGGCGUGACUUCUGGCGGGUUAACCCAAAGCAUGUAUCGUGUCUAUUUCAGGAGCACCCAGUGAGUGUUUUCUUUGAAUUAACAUGGUUCGGAGAAUCAAACUUGCCCAUAAUUUUCCUUUGCUUGAGGGAGGCUGGAAAUUUCUAGAUUACCGUUCUAUUCCGGUACAAUUUUCGAAGCUUAUCUAAUAAAUUCCUUACGAUUUUCUGAAGUUUAAUUUUUUCACAUUUUACUCUCCAUCUUAGGCUUACUUUCGUACAAAAAAGAAAUCUAAACUUUUCGGAUUCAAAAAUAAGAUGGAUAAAUGAAUACUAAAGAGCAAUUCUCACUUUCGUAACACGUUGAAUUGCAUCUAAAACUCUCGGGAAAAUAAUACUGAAUACAAAUUUUAUAGCGCCGCUUAGAAUGCAUUUCUAGAGAUCUAAAAGUACUCUGGAUAGCCUAAAAAGAGUUUUCAGUGUCUUUAGGAGGAAACCAUCUUUAGUUGCCCCUGCUACUUUAAGCCCUAAGAGUUAUCAGCAUCAAAUUUCUCCUUACAAUAUCAAUAUUUGUAAAACAGAGUUGUCAUGAGAAUUACGGACAUGAUCACACAAGAUGAAUUUGCUUGAUAUUUUAUCAACCUCUCCCCACUACUUCUGUAGGAGAUGAAUGUGGUCAACAAAUGAGAAUUCAAAUUUUGACCCUGGGAUGAAUUAGGAAAUCAUUUUGAUUUAUCACAGAUCAGAGGAUUGCAUAGUAGGGGCGGAUGUGCAAGAAUCAGUUCUAAACUGCGGGGGACAAAACGUUUUCUCGGUUAUAACUCAGUUACAGCAUACCUUUUCCACCCUUCUUGGCCGUAACAGGUCAUUUUCUCGUAAACUUAAUAAUCUUAACUUAGAUCCUUCUAUGCGAUCCUGCGAUGGACUAAAAAAACAAAUUUUCUCAGCUCUUGGUCGUCCGAUUACCACUCAUGUUUCUUAAUAGUGAAAUGGCCUCUGAAAAAAAGAAAACAGAUAGCAGGAUAUGGCGGCUUUCAGUAAUAGUGAAGGAUAUCCCCGAGGGGGGUGGGGGGACUCAACGAAGUUUUAUACGGGGAGGCUCUGCCUGGAGGUCCAACCCCUUAGCCUCCUUAAUGUGCCCUCUUAUGAUAAAUGGUACCCCUUUAACAUUCCUAGUUUAGAACGUUCCAUCCAUUUUUACAGCUGUAAAUGCAGUCUCUUAAAUAUGAAUAAACCACGAAGUUAUCUUGACUUCUACACAGCCAUAAAAUGCCUUUAUUAGCCUUUAACUCCUUUUACACCAAUACUGAGUAAAUAACAGAUUUCUUUACCCUACCGUAUCUUUCAACUAGUGAAACCCCUGCCCCUUUGUUAGCCCUUCUGACUCACUUGACACCAAUACUGAAUAAAUAACAGAUUUCUUUACCCUAUCAUAUAUUUCAACUAGUGAAACCCUUACCCAUUCAUAUACCUUGAGCGUGAAAAAGGAACCCCCUUCUAGCCGAGCCACCCCGAUUAUUAUAGGGAGUGCCCCUGGGUUUGAUACAUAUGUAUUUUUAUUAAAAACCGAAUCAUUAGAUAAUGCAAUUCUAGAGCUCUGAUUGGCCUAGCUAUCAUGGUAUAUGAGCCAUUAUAUCACGCUCUCCAAAUAUGGUAACUGUACGCGUCUGCUCACAAUUGAAAACAAGAUGAGAAUCGGUUGGUUUUUUGGGCGUUUUUAAUAAAACAAUUAUUCCACUCGUACUUGCUAGAUAUGAAAUAAUUAUAGCCAACUCAUAUCCAACGCGCACUCGUGGAAUAAUUGUUGAAUACACCUCAAAGCAUUAUAAGGACCACUUUCGAGAAAGAGAUAGGGAUCUGACCAUUUGCUUGGCCUUAGUCAUUUAGUUUCAAAGUAGUCCCUUGAAUACCCCGCGAGCAGAGUGUCCUUCUGUCUUCUUUGAAGAGGGGAAGAAAAGCGAAAAGGGGCCUUUGCCUAAAUCGCGUCAAGCCUUUUGAGGUCGCCGCAGCCCAAACGUCUUGACUAAUCAAUCUUGUUCUUUCAAACGGUUCUUUCAGACUGGUUUUACGAGUGCAAGCAUUCGUUUAUUGAUAAACCGAUGGUCAUAACUGAGCCCGUUGAACCAAGCGCGCGGCUAUUAGGCCUGGGCUCGGAAAUGUAUCCUAGCAACAUGCAGGGCAUGCUCAGCAAAGAUCAAAUUCGAUUUAGGCAGAGUCUUUCUCGAGGACACCAAUCAAGCAAGCCCGGCAAAGAAAGACUGUGCAGGCAGGGUGCCCCUUGAGUUAAGCAUAACAAAGAUCAAAUACAGACAGCAUCAUACCUUUUGUUGAUUUGGAAUUCUGUGAUGAGUAUGUGGUAAAAAGAUUUUUUUUUCCGUUUCUUUUAGAUUAAAUGCAUCAAAGACGCAUUUCGCCCAUGCCGCAAACAACCGAAGGGUAGCGAAUUCGGGGAGUGUAUGAAAGCCAUUAAAAAAUGCUUGCCUUACGAAGAAGGAGAAAUGGCUGGAUCAGGAUGGUUCCGCUGAAA